UGGGAAAAAUCAGGUGUGAAAGGAAAUGGAAAAUCCGCCGAAAAUUGAAUCCCUCCGUCAUGGUGACCAUUGAUAAGUAUUAUCGUGGCCCACUUUUCUUCCCGCUGCAGUGUUAACGAAGAGGUCUAUGGGUACUGUUUGCUAAAUGACGUUCAAGUAGAUAAUGAUUGCCAACGUUUAAGGACCGGGUACAGUCUCUGUUUGGGUCUCCUCGCCUGUGUCUCGUAUCGUGGUGUUAUCUGAGUGCGUAAACUUUGAAACGGCGCGAUGGUAUCGGAAAGAUACCUCGUACCUAGUAUCGAUCGUGAUUUUCGACAGUUCGCGUUAUUCCCCUCUCAUAGAGUGGUAUUUCCUCGAGAAAGUGCCUCCGAGACUGAAAAUGCAGUUUUACUUUUUUUUUUUUAUCCACGUCUCGUAAGAAACUUUAGUAGACUAUUAUUUCCUUAUCUCGUGUAAAGACCGCCUUAUCAGCCAGGGCUUACCGAUCAGCUGGCCGUGGAACGGCUCGUUUUUCUCGGUUUUGGGAAUCCUCGAUAUUAAUUUUUUUUUUGCUUUUUCCUUGUACACAGGAAACUCGAGUAGAAACGGAAACGAGCGGAUCAUUAGCGGGUACAAGUGCGUAGGUGCUUGGACGCCAUUACCGGCUUAAUUGACCUUAAGUACGACAAUAUGCCAAGUGCCGAAUUCGUCCCCUGUUUGUUCUAAGGAAAUCAACGGAAUCGUUAUCCUGGAGCGAAUGCGAAUCUCCUUGAGAGGUGUAAUCCAACUAUUCCCGGGAGUUUAUUUACGCGCUAUUGAAUGUAUCCGUGAAACUUUAGAAGUAUCGACAUCCGCCCGAUCGGUGUUGACGACGAUCGCGGAGACCUCCGUAGAGGAGGAAGAAUUUAUCGCCGCGGAAAGGAGGCACUUUCCAUGAUAGUUAAUAAAAGAGAAGAGACCGUCUCGCGUAAACGGGCGAUAGCUCGAGGAUCAACGUUGCGUUUCGCAAACUGUCCGUUGGAAAAAAUCAGGAAGAACGUGCGAUGGAAACCGAGUAUUUCGAGACAUCUUGGAGGGCCAAGGUUCGACAGAUUCGCAGACACGUGAGACAACUUUUAAGGGAUGCGGCGAGGAGGUACAGAAAGAAGAAGGAGUACUCCAGGUUCCUCACGGAGGAGGAGCAAAGGUGGCUGGCCCGCGCCGAGUAUGAGUUGUCCACCAGGGUUGGAAUUCCUUACUACCCUUGAUCAGCUGUUCGUGGAUCAGAAGGUGGAAGUGCUGGAAGCUUUCACGGGUUGGGAAACGGAGAACCGAUAUGUGGUCAAGGAUAUAAGAGGCAUGCCCGUCUAUUACGUGUCCGAAGAUUCGAACGUUUGCUCCCGCUGUUUCUGCGGAAAGUAUCGGCCCUGUGAAAUCAAAGUCGCGGACAACAGUCGGAAGGAGGUGUUGCGGUUUUCGCGGCCCUUGAGGUGCGCCAGCUGCUGGUGCCCCUGUUUGUUGCAGGAACUGGAAGUGUACUCCAACGGGAUACCGAUUGGCUCGGUGGUCCAAAACUGGAACCCCCUGCGCCCGUCCUUCGACAUCCUCGAUGCAACCGGAGACACGGUGCUGCAGAUAAGAGGCCCCAUUUGUAUCCUAUGUUGCGACGUUAAUUUCGAGGUGAAGUCCAGAGACGGCGAUCGUCGAGUGGGACGAAUCUCGAAGAAGUGGUCUGGAAUAGGUCGGGAAUUUUUCACCGACUCGGACUUGUUCGGAAUAAGUUUCCCAGGGGAUUUGGACGUGAAGGUAAAAGCCGUCCUUCUUGGAGCCUGCAUUCUAAUAGACUUCAUGUACUUCGAGGGGAACAAGAAAGCCGAGCUAUAAUGGUGCCGAGUUACUUGAGCGUUUCGUCCUGCCGAAAGCAUCAUUCUGAGAAAUGAUUCGGCCAUCCUGGGAGUCCUUGAUGGACGUGGACAGGAAUCUUCGUCCGCCUCCGGGAGGUCCAGAAAUGGGGUCCACUAGCUUUCUAUGUCGUCCUAAACUCGUCACGCCGGAAACCGACCUUUUAUAUUUUCUAACCACGUCGGUUCCUAGGCCUAUACUCUCCGGAGGUCGCACAAAUACGCCAAAAAAAGAAAAGGGAAAAGUAAAGUUUGUCGUCCAAAGACUGCCCUUACCCUGUACAUAAUCUACGCGGGUAUAGCUUAGCUUCUACGUCUAAAAGUGAUACGGAACAACGCUACUUCGGGUGUCUACCUACGAACAUUAAAUACGCACAUCACGGAGCGACCACCUAGGUCCUCGUAUUUAUACCAGGUUUCGAGUUGUACGAAUUUAAAGGGAUCCUACUCCAUGGGGUAGGUUUAGUUUUUAGUCGCGUUACUAACGGCACGAUGUUAAUUAAUACCUGUUCAUAGAUUUAAGUGCAUGACGAGUGUUCGAAGGCUUUCCGAUCUGCGUUCACGCCUUCUCGAGUUCUACGAUCUGAUAUACGUAAUAAACUAUGUUUCUUUAGA